AUGUUUAAAUAUCGACCUGGGCCGGUCCGUCUACCCCUACUUCAGUCAUUUGAAUCAUUAUCUAACAAGUCGAUUUUGGUUGAAAAGUUUGCUAAUUAAAGUAAAGGAAGACAAAAGGGAAUGGUUUUGAAAGCUCUUUUGUGAGAAGGAUCACUCCGGUGUCGCUUCCCCCUAACUUCUACCAUGGUAUGUGAAUCGAACCGAUAGUUAUGGGCAAGGUCGUCGCGAACCGCUAGGGGAUGCAAAUAAGGCUGUAGGCCGCACUCAUGAUUGCUAAACCGAGGAAUACAUUAAAGGCUGUAACUCGGCCCUCUAGGUUUAGGCAAUCAAUAGUUGGCUUACUCCCUCACUCAACCCAAGGACUGGUAAGCUCAAUUGUGCUUAACCAAAUUGCUUAGUCCCACAUUGAGGUUUGCCCUAAAUUAACCUCGAUAGGAGACUUGAAAUGUCCUAGGAAUACCAAUUCAAUUGAGUCUCCCUUAGAAGGGGUAUUUUCCUCCCUAAUCUAGGUUAAGUGGCUCAUUAGAUUGCUAAGCACAAAUAUGCACAAUCAACAUGAAUGAUACCUCAAUCAUUGAAUUAAACCAUAAACAAUCAUUCAAUUCCCAUAACAGAAAACUACAUGGUAGCUAGCUAGGGUUUCACAACACCCAAGUGAAAAGAAAUCUACUCCAUGCUAGAAAUGGGAGAAACACAAGGGGAAGAGGUAGAAAGCAUCAUGAAGGAGGCUUCCAAUCUUCUUGGAACUUGUGCUGACUUCUCUUGGGGAGAAUCUUCUCAAAAAUCCCCUCUUGGAGCAAAACCCUAGCCUCCUUUUUCUUUGGUUCGUCUUUCUCGCUCUAAAAUAUGAAGAAGGCUUUCUCACUCAAGUGGCUCUCCCCUCUCUCUUCCUUUCGGCUCAUCUUUUAAACAGAGAACGAGCUCAGUUCACGGUCGUGAACUCUCAAACGCGUCCGUGAACUCCAAUUGGGGGUCGAAAUGCACCGCUUCAUCUGCAAGUGUUCACGGUCAAUUACUCCUGUUCACGGUCUUAGUGACCGUGAACUCAUCUUGCGUCAGUAACCUCUUGAAAUGCUCUGGACGCCUCGACAUUCACGAGCAACAGCUCUUCUUCACGAUCAUCAAGACCGUGAACAUCCAGGGAAAACCGUGAACUCGUUAUUUUUCACCUCUUCUCUCGGUUUUCGAUGCUUUUCGUCCAAAUUUCGACUCUGGGACUGGUUUCACCUGUUAAAUCAUGAAACAUGCUAAAACACGAGAAAACUAGCGUAAAACCACCCUUUUAGGAGCAAAAUUUCCACAAACGCCUAAUUAAAACGGGGGUAAAACAUGUACAAUUAGGCCUGAAUCAACAUCUGAUGACCAACAGCGGGAUUAUGGUUCUCUUCUCCAUGAGACAUCCUGCGGAGUCGAUCCAUCUGGGAUCCCUGAUGGCCACCUCUUUCGCCCGGUGUCUGGGGCGGAACAGGGUGGAUACCAUGCAUAUGGGGGGCAUCAUCACGAGGAUUGCCCGCUACUUCGGAGUGGAUGUGGAGCGAUGCUCCAUCAUCGGGAGGACCGAGCCCUUCCUAGUGGCCACACUGUACACCAUUAGCUGGUACUUCAGGAGAGGGGCAUUGAGUACCUCGACGGGCUCCGACCUUCAGGAGCCAUGCAUCCAGCAGUUGACCCGGCUCUAGUGGAGCCAGAUGCAGGGGUUCCACCCCCAGAGCAGCCACCUGCUCGAGCACCCGGCCGCUGUCGGCGUCCAUCGCUCCACCGCCCCAUACCACCCCCAGCAACAACUUCAGCACCCAGGUCAGCGGGUGAUCCCCUCGUCUAGAGGAUAGAUCGCCUUGAGACCCAGUUUGGGGGAGUGACUUCCUGCCUCGACCGGCAUACGGACCUCCUCGAGUAGAUGGCUAGACGCCAGGGUCUCAUUCCCGAUGAUGAGACAGGGCCUUCGAACCAGUGAGGUAGCAGACGAAGGAGAUAUGUGACAGAGCCGAUUCCUUUUACCCCACUACUUCACUUGGAACUCUGAACUCUUUUAUUUUAUUUUUCUUUCAUUAUGUGUGUGUGACCACAAACUACUACUACUACUAUCGUAUUGUGUUGUGUAAUAACCUCGCCUUGAGCGAGUCGUAUUGUGUUGUGUGUGUGUGUGUUUUGUAUUUUCCUUGAAGCUCCAAAUCUCCUGCCCCGGAAAAAAUCCAACUUUCACUCACCAAGCAAAGUCGUAACGUCGUUCUACCCUUAUCUUACGCCAUUGAGGGCAUUGUCGAGCUUAAGUGUGGGGGAUAGUCUACUUUUAUGCUUGUGUGAGUGUGAUUGAUGCUUGGAGCCUUGAUUUAUGCCCAAAUUUGAAUAAUUUGAGGGCUCCAAGCAAUGUUUGCAUGAUCAAAGUGGCCAGUUUGUAGGAGAAUCUUAUGGUUAUUGGCAUUGACCUUGAAUUGUUGCAUGUGAUCGAGUACGUCCUAUGAUGAUGAUUGAGAGGUGCAUUAGGAUAAUGCAAAGGUUUAGUUCUCAUGUGUGCAGAAAUGAAUGGAUGUUUUGACU